AUGACCUUGUUCACGUGUGUCUACCGCUUGGCCCUUCACCCUGGCUCCAGGAUCAGGGAAGAAGACAAAAGCCCCCCACCCUCCUCACCACCUCCCUUUUUCUCUGUAAUUCCGGGGGGCUUCAUCAGGCAACUGGUUCGGGAAACAGAAAAGGAGUCCAAGGAAGCAAAACGGAAAAAACAGAUAUUGGCCGACUCCCAAGAACAGACAGCUCCAGAAAAUAGUGACAGCCCUGUCCAGAGGAGCCAUAACCCCUCCGGGUCGCAGAGUCCCCAGGGUGGCCAGCCUGACCCAGCAUCCCCCAGCCCCAGCAUUGUUAUCGAGAACAUUCCUAAUGAGAAGGAAGGGAUGGCCAGCCCAGAGCCGGUGCUGAUGAGCAGCAUAAAUGGAGAAAACUCUCAAGGCAAGGACACCAUGGAGACCCCUCCGAGGAAGCCGCAGCCCCUCAAGAGGACCAGGAAGACCAGCGAUGUGCUGCUGAUGGUGGCCAAGCUCAAUUCAGAAUUACCCAAGCCAGAGCAGAGGACUCACCCAGUUGACUCUCCUAUCCAUAAGCCUCCUUCCUCCAUUCCAGGGCUGAAGGGGGAGAAGAAAGGGCAACCUCCAGGAGACACUUGUGAUCCACAGAAAGCUACUGAGGACUCUGCCAAAAAGGUGGAGAAACUGAGGACAGUAGGCAGCCAAGGCUCCACAGACAUGCCUCCCAAGAAGAGUGAAGGGCCUCAGAUCAAAGUGGGCGAGUGUGGCAAGGUGCCCCAGACCAAGGGGCUAAUAGGGGGUGAGCCCCAGAAUAAAGAGGACCUGGGGACCAAGCCCCACACCGAAGGGGAAGAGCAGGGAGGUGAGGCUGAAGUGAAAGGGACAAAGGAGGACAAAGCACAAAUACCCCAAAUAAAGGGGGAGGGCCAACCCCACACAAAAGGAGAGUCAGGGGAUGAGGCCCAAAGCAAGCCAGGAAAGGCAGAUCACCCUAAGGACACAAUGGGGACAGGGAAGGAGGCCCAAAGCAAAGCAGGAAAGGGAGACAGAGCCCACAUCCAGAUGAAAAAAUGGGGUCUGAACAAAUGGAGAAAGAGGAGCGAGUCCCAGAGUCAGGCGAGGAAGGACAUUGAAUCUCAAACCCAGUUGAAGAAGGAUAGUGAGCCCCAAAGUCAGGGGGGGAAGGAAAGUGGACCCCAAAGUCAGAUAGAGAAGAAGUAUGGGUCCCAGAGUCAGGUGGGGAAGGAUGAGAAGAGGAGUGGUCUCCAAAGCAAAGACAGGAAGGAAGAUGACUCCUCCCGAAGGGAAGGAAGUGGGAGUGAAGCUCUCAAAGAAGGAAAGGAGGGCCAUGGAUCUCCCACCACUGAGAAGGAGGGAGGUGCACCUGAUAAAGAGGAGGAGACCAAAGAAGCCCCGGUGAGGAUGGAGGAGGAAGAGAAGGCGGAGGGAGAGAGAGGCCAAAGUGUCGACCCAGACAAGGAAGUGGAGGACAGAUGGUAUGAAGCUGAGAAAGUCUGGCUGGUUCAGAAGGAAGGAUUCACACUGGCGACGGUGCUGAAGCCAGACGUGGGCACCCCAGAGUUGGCUGCAGGGCGAGUGAGACUUUGCAUUGAUGCGGACAAAUCCAUCACCGAAGUGGAUGAGGAGAACAUUCACCGUGCCAACCCCCCGGAGCUGGAUCUGGCCGAGAACCUAGCCUCGCUGCAGAGCCUCAAUGAGUCCAGCGUCCUGAAUACGCUUCAGCACCGAUACCAGGCCCAGCUCCUGCACACGUACACAGGACCAGACCUGAUCUUCCUCCAGCCCCAGGGUGCCCCAGUUCCUUUGUCGUGGAAGGUGCCCAAAGGAAGGAGGGAUGGCCUGGUGCCCCACAUCUGCUCCUUAGCCUGGAAGGCCUACUGGGCCAUGCUGAGCCAGCGCCAGGACCAAACCAUUGUGCCCCUGGGCAGGAGUGGGUCUGGCAAAAGCACUUGCUGUGAGAGAGCCCUAGAAUACCUGGUGGGCAGCGCUGGCAGCGUGGAUGGACGGGUCUCAGCAGAGAAGAUCUGUGCCACCUUCACCAUCCUCAGGGCCUUCGGCUCAGUGCUGACUGAUCACAGCCACAGCUCCACACGCUUCUCCAUGGUCAUGUCCCUAGAUUUCAGCGCUACUGGCCGGGUCACGGCGGCCCACCUCCAGACCAUGCUAAUGGAAAGAGUCCGAGUGGCCCAGCGGCCAGAAGGGGAGGGAAACUUUGCUGUUUUCUCCCAGAUGUUGGCCGGGCUGGACCUUGAUACCAGGACAGAGCUAUACUUGCAUCAGAUGGCGGAAAGUCACUCCUUUGGCAUGGGCGUGUGGGCCAAGCCCGAAGAGAAACAGAAGGCUGCAGCGGCAUUCUCACACCUCCAAGGGGCCAUGGAGACUCUGAGCAUCUCUGCGAGUGAGCAGCGGGCCAUUUGGAGGGUACUGGCGGCUAUUUAUCACCUUGGAGCAGCAGGGGCAUGUAAAGUUGGCAGGAAGCAAUUUAUGCGAUUUGAAUGGGCCAACUAUGCCGCCGAGGUGCUGGGCUGUGAGUACGAGGCAUUGACCACUGCUGUCUUCAAACACCACCUCCAACACAUCAUCCAGCAGGCAACGUCCAGGCUGAACCAACCCAACCACGAGGAGGAGCCUGAUGUGGGAGCUUCCCAGCACAGUCCUGGCAGAAGCCAAAGAGGACCAGAAAGAACCUGGGAGAGACCAGUCCUAAGGUCCUUAGCCUCCAGCCAUCUCUCCAUGUUCUCCAUCAUGGUGGUGGACAGCCCAGGCUUCCACAACCCCCGGCACCAGAAGAAGGAGCGGGCGGCCACUUUCGAGGAACUUUGCCACAAUUAUGUCCAUGAACGGCUGCAGACCUUGUUCUUCCAGAAGAAGUUUGAGUCACAGCUGGAGCGGUAUAGGGAGGAAAAGGUGGUGGUUCCCUUUGAUCUCCCAGAGCUCUCCCCAAGGACCACAGUGGCAAUCAUCGACCAGAAUCUCUCCCAGGUGCGCGUUCCAAUUGCGGGCCAAGCGGAGGAACCCAAAGGCCUUCUCUGGGUCCUGGAUGAAGAGGUCCGGAUCGAGGGCUCUGGUGACAGCACUGUGAUGGAUCAUUUGUGUUUAGCCUUUGAGAAGAAGGAAGCUGGUGCUGAUGAACCACCUGCCUUUCGCAAGUGUGAGCAUGGCCUGCAGUUUGAGAUCUCCCACCAGCUGGGCCGAGACCCCGUGCGCUAUGACCUCAGCGGGUGGAUCCAGAAAGCCAAGCCCAACCUCUCAGCCUUGAAUGCAAGUCAGGUCUUGCAGCAGUCUACAAGGGAGGACCUCAGCAGCUUAUUCCUGCCUCGCUCCAGAGUGCCCCCAGUCUGCCGGGCAGUGGCCGGCAUGGAGGGCUGCUCCCAGCAGGCCUUGAAUAGGGUCAAUUGUGUGAGGAAGACGUUUGCCAGUAGCUUAGCAGCCGUAAAGAGGAAGGCCGUGUGCACCCAGAUCAUACUCCAGAUGGAUGCUUUGACCAAUGUGAUCAAACGGUCCCAGUUGCAUUUUAUCCAUUGUCUGGUCCCAAGAUCAGGAUCAGAGGACAGAGGAGGGAACGCUUCCCUGGCACCAGCCCACAGGGAGCACCCCAUGGACAUCUCCAUCCUGAGGGUCCAGCUGGCUGGAGCUCAGGUCCUAGAUGCCCUAAGGCUGCACCGGAUUGGUUACACGGACCACAUGGGCUUCACCCGAUUCCGGCGGCAGUUCCAAGGUCUGGCUCCAGAGUUUAUGAAGAAGCUUUUGCUGCCCCACGAGAGGAUGGAGGAGAGGAAGCUUAUUGAGGAACUCCUGCAAGAACUGGACCUGGAGAAAGCAGCCGUACAGCUCGGCAACACGCAAGUUUUCCUGAAGUCAGGCGUCAUCUCCAGGCUGGAAAGGCAGAGGGAGAAGCUGGUCUCUCAGAAUAUAAUUCUGUUUCAAGCUGCCUGCAAGGGAUUCUUGUCCCGCCAGCAAUUCAAGAAACUGAAGAUCCGGCAGCUGGCUGUCCACUGUAUCCAGAGGAAUCUAACGGUGUUCCAGGUGGUGAAGGACUGGCCCUGGUGGCAGCUGCUACGUCAUAUCCGACCCUUAUUGAGUAUCACCAUUGGGGAGGACCAGCUCCGGGCAAAGGAGGAAGAACUCACUGCCUUGAAAAAGAAACUAGAAGCAUCUGAGAAGUCACGAAAUGAGCUUCGGCAGAGCACAGACCUGCUGGAGAACAAGAUCACUGACCUGACCACCGAGCUCUCUGAUGAACGCUUCAAAGGAGAAGUGGCCUGCCGGGUCCUGGAGAGUGAGCGGGCAGAGCGUCUCCGGGCCUCCAGAGAGAUCCGGGAGCUGAAGAGUAAAUAUGAACAAACACAGAAGAGUUUGGGGUCAGUGGAGAAGCAGCUGGAGGAAGCCCAGCAGAAAAUUGAAUUGUGUGAAGUGGGGAAGUCUCAUUCUGGAGAAGCGGAUGACUGGCAAACACGAUUUGACUGCGCACAGACAGAAAUCGAGUUUCUCAGAAAACGCCUCCUGAUGUGUGAGGAGAGACUAGAAUCUGAACUGUCUGCCAGGAAGGAAUUGGAAGAGAAGCUCAGGGAAGCUCAGAACACCUAUGAGGAGGUUAGAAGAAGCUUUCAUCAGCUGAAGAAGAAGUGCCGCAAUCUGACCUGUGACCUUGAGGACACCCGAGUACUGCUGGAGAACCAGCAGAGUCGGAAUCAUGACCUGGAGAAGAAGCAAAAAAAAUUUGAUAUGCAAUUAACCCAAGCUAUUGGCGAAUCAUUGUUUGAAAGGGGCCUCCGGGAGAAACUGUCCCAGGAAAAUGCUAGCAUCCGAUGGGAGCUUGGCAAACUUCAGAGCAAGUUAGAGGAAAAGGAGCAGGAAACUCUGGGUCUGAAACAGAAGCUUGAGAUGCUGAAGAGUCAAACCAUUGACUUAAGGCCCCUUGGGGAGGCAGCUGUAGAUGCCUUACAGAGAGAGCUCUGGGACCUGAAGUCCAGUGCUUUCGAGCAGCAGCAGAUACAGAGUGAGCAGGAGGCUACCAUUAAGAAACUGGAGCAGCUGCGAGUUCGGUUUGAGAUGGAGAUCGAGCGGAUGAAACAGAUGCACAUGAAGGAUCAGGAAGACAAGGAGGAAGAGCUGGAGGAUGUGCGCCAGUCCUGCCAAAAGCGGCUGCGGCAGCUGGAGAUGCAGUUGGAACAGGAAAGUGAGGAGAAGAAGAUGGUCCUCCAUGAGAAGCAGGAUUUGGAAACCCUCAUUGGGACACUUUGUGAACAGAUUGGUCAUCGAGACUUUGACGUGGAAAAACGCCUCCGCCGAGACCUGCGGAGGACCCACGCUCUCCUGUCUGAUGUGCAGCUUCUCCUGUCAAAUGUCGAGGACCCCCAGAUGACAGUCAGUAAGGAAGAGCUAGAGAAGGUUCACAUUAAGCUAGAAGAAAGCGAGGCCAAGUGUGCAGACGCUCAGAACACUCAGAAGCUGCUGGCCCAGGACCUGGAGAACAUGCACAGUGAGCUGGAGAACAUUACCAGGAACAAAAAUCUGGUUGAUGAGCAGCUGUAUCGGCUGCAGCUGGAGAGAGCCGACCUCCUGAAACGUAUUGAUGAAGACCAGGAGGAUCUAAAUGAGCUAAUGAAGAAACACAAAGAACUCAUCGCCCAGUCUUCCCAAGACAUUGUACAGAUUCAGGAACUGCAGCUGAACCUGGAAGAAGCAAAGAAGGAGAAGCAAAGCCUCCAGGAAAAGCUGCACAUUGCUCAGUCCCGCAUCGAGCACCUGGAGAAGACGACGGUGGAUCGCAACAUUGUCUGCCGCCAGGAAGCGUUGAUCCGUGACCUGGAGAGCAAGCUGGAGUUCCACAAAGUCCAGAUUAAGAGAUUUGAGGUGCUGGUGAUUCGACUUCGGGACAGUACGCUCAAGAUGGGCGAGGAGCUGGAGAAAGCUGUGAACUCUGAGGCUGAGCAGAAGGAGUCCUGCCAGUAUUACCAGAGGAGAAUGGAAGAGAUGAAAGCUGACACGGCAGAGCUGAUGAAGCAGGAGGCAGAGACCAGCCGUCAGUGCCUCGAUCUGGAGAAGAAUGUGGAGGAGCUCCUGGCAGUGAAACUGACAUUACAGGCCGACCUCGAGGUAUCCAUCCGGCGAAUUGCCGAUCUGCAGGCUGCCCUGGAAGACAUGGACUCCUGUCCUAGUGAUGACAGGACGAUGCUGGAAUCCUCCCCUACCCAAGCCCGAAGAGAGAUAGAUAAUCAAUCCCUUCUGGAUUCCUCCAUCAGCUCUCAGCCAAUGGAAAACGUCAGAUCCUGGCUGAGUUUGUCCCCAAGCCCACCCCCAUCCAGGUCCAGCCUCAGAGGGAGAAGUCCUUCGCAGCAGUCAGCCAAUGGUAGCGGAAUUCUGGAUCAGAGGAUGCACCGAGAGGCCAGAGAUGAUGAGAGGAGUCAACCAACGUCUUUGAGGACCGACAUCCAAUCUCUAGUGGAUAAAAGCUUUGCCCGACGACCCACCUCACCUUUCACCUUCCAGAGUCAGGAUCACAGUAAAACUAUUGGAAGUGAGAGUUCUGAGACGUGGAGAGGUACAGUCAGCAAGUCAAAGGGUCACUCGUCGAUGACAUCCCCAACUUUGGAGAAAAAGCUCCCAAGUUCCUCCUGGGCCCUCUCGGAAUUUAUUGAAGGAUUCCGGAGAAAACGAUCAGAGAAAGAGCAGGAUGCAUUAGGUGCAGAAGACUGGCCCACCUUACCCAUCUACCAGACCACUGGCGCGUCAUCUCUGCGGAGGUCUUUGGAGACAGUGACACUCCCAGAAAAGCCAUCUCUGGAAACUGAGACAGAGAGCCCACGAUCCGGGCUGUUAAGGUCCACCAGCCUCAAGUGUCUCUCCUCGGACAAAUUAGACCCAUCCCUUUCUUUGCCUGCUCCUCCGAAAUCAAUGCACAGGUCCUAUGAAUCACUCUUAGAGUCUGAGAAAACAGAAGGCAGUUUCAGCAGGAGGUUAAGCUCAUCAGUGGGAGACGGCCCAGGGAAGUUUGCUCAGUCCAAGCUGCGGCUUAGGAGGCCAUGUAUUGAUGCACCCCUAGAGGAAGUAGAGGACCCAGACUUGGGAAAAGAAUCCCUGGUCUUUCAGAACCGAAGGUUCUCCAACCUGCUGAAUGAGCCUUUGGAACCUGACUUUCUGUCCUGGAAGCUGCCGAGAUAUGAACAGAAACCCAAAGUGAGUUUUGAUGACUAUGUCCCAGCCAUCCGGAAAUCCAGCUCUCCCACAAGAGCCAGGAAGGACAGAGGAGACAGCCUGAAGCCUGGGACCAGUAUGAAUAAGAGCGAGACUUCUUCAGAUUGUCUGUUCUUGGGAAGUAGCAGUGCCUUCCAGGAAAACCUGGAACCCAAGGAGGACACAGGUCACCUGUCUGACUCUUCAUCAUCGUCGAGCUCCGCCAUGUCCUACAGAAGUGCAGACAGCAUCAAGAGCCGCCCAGGAUCCCAAAAACAAGAUGAGGAGAGCGAUAGGAGAUCCCGACAUGGAACAUGGAAGGCUGCCGAGAGGCAAGAUGAGGUGGAGAGCAUCAUGAAGAAAUAUCUCCAGAAAUAGGGAAUGGCCCAGCAUUCAGAGUCUUGAGUUCCUGGAAAGCUUCCCCUGCUGUUCAGCUUUUCAAAGAGAAAUGCGCAGGCGGCCUCUGCAUCUCCCUGUCUGUAGGCGACGCCACCAAAAAAUAUUUCCAAUGGAUUCUGACAGGCCUGAGGAUUUAUUUUGUAAGAGGUGCU